AGAAACCAUAUUAAUGCGGAACCUGGUUUAGAGAAUUUAAACGUGGUGAAUGAGAAAUAUAACGAGGAAUUGGUAAAGGAACUCCAAGAUUGUUUGCCAAUCUGGGUCUCCCAAGAUCAAGUGUUAGACUUGCUUACCAGGUCAUCUGGGAACGUAGUUGAAGCUGUUUCUGAUUUUUACGAACGUGAAACUGAAUAUCAUGAUCAAGUUAUUGCUUUCAGAGCGAAUGCUGCAUCUGUGAAGAGUGGGAUUGUUUUGUCUCAGAUAAAAGAGCCAAUUAUUCUUGUGCCUAAGUUGGUUUCUGAAAAAGUAAGUUCUAAUGGAAGUGUGAAAAGCAGUUCGAGUCAAGAGACGGUGAAGAAAAGAGUGGAUGUAGUUAAGAGUGUUGGCUCUCCAAUGAAAAGGGGUUCCCUCAGGAGCACCCUUUUUCCCAAGAGAAAGGGUUCGAUUAAAAGCACUACUUCUCCCCAGAAAAAGGAUUCUAGUAAGAGCACAAUUUCUCCUAAGAAAAAAGUUUCGGCCAUUGGCGUUCAAAGCAGUCCCAAGAAGAAGAAAGGGAAGCCAAGCACAACUAUGCAACCUACUAAUGGGUCCAAGCAAUCAACUAUUACGAAUUUCUUCACCAAACUUUAAUCCAAUGCUUCUUAAGUUUAGAUUGUUGGUGGUUCUAGUUAUGCUUAACACCCUUACAAUGAAUAAGAUGUUGCCAUUGAUGCUGUUGAAACUUGGAAGAGGCUGUACUUAUAAAUUGAUUUAGCCAGUAGAGAAGAUUGGAGAUAUGAGUUCAUCAUUGGAUCGCAUGUUAUUAACUCUGAUGGCAAAUUCAUAAACAGAGAAGGGAGGUUAGCUUUCUGCAGCUAAUCAUCCCAAUUUCAAUUUUGUGUUAACAGUGCUGUGGAUCAAAGUUGUGGGAAUCUCAAGCCCAGAAGGGAGGUUAGCUCUCUGACAGGUAUGUCUGUUUUUUUUCUAGGCUCAACCCAAUGAUUAUUCCCACCACAAAAGAGUGACUAGAGUCACAAUGGAUGUAGUUUAAACCAAAAUGAAAUUAAAACUUUUAUGUUUGCAGAGAUAGCAUAAACAGUUACGUAUACAAACUAAGAGAAAAUGAAGCACUUAUUCUUUUAUAAAAAUAAAGGAUGUGUAUUAUAGUGUUAGGUUUGAUUUUUAUUAUUUGAUUUUACCACAUUUCUUUUGUUUACCUAAAGUUACUUCACAAAUCUUAAAGAUAGCUUGUCUGGGUAGGAAUUGAACGAAAAAACAUGUCAAAGCUGUGUAUUUAUAAUGUGAAGGGAAGCACUCUUACACGGAAAGUUCAUACGAGUUUGACGUGUUUAUCUUUUUAUACGCCUGAAAAUUUGCUAUUGUGUUUCAUUCUGUCUUUCGUGUUAUAGAUCAUGUUUCUUCAAUUGCAAUUUUUUUAGUGGCGGAAUUGAUUAUGUCUGAGAACCUUCUAUGGAUAGUAAGUAGGAGAAAUGCAUCUUUGCACUUGGGGCAAUGGCGCUGCCAGUGAGGUUAAAAGUGGGCAUAUUAUUUGCUGGCCAAAACUAUUUCCAAUCCUCUUUCUCAGUCUUAGGUUCUAAGCCUUAGGCUGUUGAGGAUUCGUGGAAGGGCUCCCUUUACCCAGGUAAAAGGCAUAAAACCUUACAAUUCAAAUAUCUGGAUAUUGAACCAAAAAAUCGGCUGCAGGCUGUUCUGAACCUAAACAUCUGGAUAUUGAACUACCACAAUAACUUCUCUAAUAUGGUUAUCCGCAUUUAUUUUUUAAGCAAAGAGGUACCACCUUGUUGUAUGAACCUGACUGUCUGUCUGUAA